AUCGAGCAGUAAUGACAGUUCUGAUGUUUAUUUCCAAACCCCGCUUAGGCCACUCCCUAACCAACAUGAGAUCAUGCCGUGGCGGUGCCCAUCGCCGCAGCGUGAGCCGCCGCAGGAGAUUCCUCCCAUCCGAACCUCGGGGGAAGUGAAAUCUUCCCUGGAGCGACGUGGAGAUUGCCCCGGCUAUGAUGAGCUGGGUUGCUGCUGGCCGGCUGCCGCCUACGGUUGUGCUGCAAUGAAUGGCCGGGCUAUAAGAUCCACGAGUCCAUGGAUUGCUUGUAGCUCUUGCUACUUAGCUACUAUCUACUAUCUACUAUCUACUAUCUACCUAGUAGCUCUUUGCCUGAAGUCACCACCAACUUUCUCCCCCUUGAUUGACUGACUUCCUCCAUUCCUCGCUUCACUCAUCCUCUUUCUAAGGUCUCUCGACUUUCUUCUUCCUCACCCCUCAGCCGUUAUCCACCUCUGCCCACAUCAUGUUCUGGAAGAAGCAUCACGACGACACGCCCGAGGAGGCCCAAGAGCCCAUUCCUCGCGAGAAGCUUCCUCCACAGCUACAAAAGCUGGCCGACCGCGACGACGGUUUCUACGAUGACAUCUAUUCCUCCUACUCGGUCGAUUCCACCGAAACCCCCUACCGCUACGCCGGGUACGCCAACCGUCUCCGCACGAUCCUCCUCUCCGCCCACCGCUAUGUCGCCUAUACCUCCGACAUUGGCGAGUCUUUCCGCCCGGUUGCCCACCCUUGGCUCGUCCGUUCAGCCUACGGUAUCUCUUGGACUUACCUGAUCGGCGAUGUCGCUCACGAAGGCUACAAGGCCUACCUGCGCAAUCGCCGCGUCCUGGCACCUCCCUGCGAGGCGUACAAGGAUGCCAGCGACCUGACCCAUGACAAAAUCGCCAAGGGCAUGGUAACCGGCAACAUCAGCGGCUCCCUCACAGGCGGCGACACCCUCAUGCCAUGGCCCACUACCCAAGUUCCCCUGGCCGAAGACUACCGCAUGGUGAUGGCCCAGCGAGCCGUUUUCCAGAGCAUCGCCAGUAUGGGUCUUCCGGCCUUCACCAUCCACUCCGUGGUCAAGUAUUCUGGCCGGAUGUUGAAGAACUCCGGGAGCGUUUUCUUCCGUACCUGGGCGCCCAUCGGGCUCGGUCUCUCCGUCGUUCCCUUCCUCCCGUACAUUUUCGACGAACCCGUCGAAGAGGCAGUCGAAUGGGCGUUCCGCACUGGAAUCCGGGCCUAUGCCGGUGAAGACGCCGUCCGUCCUUUGCCCCGUACUGUGCAGAUCCCUCACGACGAGGCCACCUCUCUGAGCCACUUCAUAAAGGUGCAGGGCGAGAAAAGCAAUCAUGAGGCCAUGGGCUCCGACGCCAACAUCGCUGCUGCUGCCAAUCUCUCCUGGGAAGAGUACAAGGAAGAACGGCGCCGGGCCAAGGAGCACCGGAAGCACGAGCGCGAGCAACGGGGCGAGACCGGCCCACUGGCUCUGCUCGGGCUGGGCUCGCACUCGAAAGAAAAGAAAGACUGAUUAGAACGCCAUCUCGUUUUUCUUCUGUUCUUCAAUGACGGGUGGACCAGACAUUUGCCCUUCUCUCCACUACAUUCUGUUCUGUACUGUAUAUACUUAUCAGUUAGCGGUUUAUUUUCUUAUCUUGUAGUUCCUUUGUCGUUUAGCCAGGCAUCAUCAUCAUCAUUUUCAUAAGGUUACUAUAUCGGAGCAUUGGUUGAGGGGCUCGAGAACACUUACGCCUGGCACGAAACUACUUAGUCCCUACCACCCCAAAAAUGACUAAACACACUUUAAUUUCCG